AUGGGCCUCCAAGUCGGAUGCAUGGCCAAUAACCAUGUUUCUGGAGAUGUAAUGGUUUUGCGAGCUCUGUUUAGCUUAGUAGUGGCAGCAUCGUUGCAAUGUAACAGGAUCCUCUUACCGAAAAAUAACUAUCUCGGUUCAUUGCGAGAUACUGGAAUUGCAAGUUUCGAAAAAUUAGAAUUCAUGAAUGUAGGUAAUUAUGUUCCAGGUGGUGCCUGA